AGGGCCCGAGGCGUCCAGAAACCAAAAUCCCAUUCAGAUAACACGCAGCCCUCGUCUCUCUUCUGAAAUCGCAAAAUUUUACCCCCUUCAUCAAAACCCUAACCCUAGCUCCACAUCUCGAUUCGAUCUCCUCGUUCCGGUGGAUCGAAGGAGGAGGAAUCUCGUGCGCAACCCUAACCCUAGAUAGACGAGAGGAUGUCGUCGACCUCGGGGCAGCCGCAGUUUCGCUACACGCAGACGCCGUCGAAGGUUCUGCACCUGAGGAAUCUGCCAUGGGAGUGCACUGACGAGGAGCUCGUAGAGCUCUGCAAGCCAUUCGGGAAGAUCGUCAACACUAAAUGCAACGUCGGGGCUAAUCGGAACCAGGCUUUUGUUGAGUUCUCUGACCUUAACCAAGCAAUCUCGAUGGUUUCAUAUUACGCUUCUUCGUCUGAGCCUGCACAAGUCCGUGGCAAAACUGUCUACAUCCAGUACUCAAACCGACAGGAAAUUGUGAACAAUAAGAGUUCUGGAGAUGUUGCUGGCAACGUGCUUCUUGUUACAAUUGAGGGCGUUGAAGCUGGUGAUGUGAGCAUAGAUGUUAUUCAUCUGGUCUUCUCAGCCUUUGGAUUUGUGCAUAAAAUCGCAACUUUUGAGAAGGCUGCGGGGUUUCAGGCAUUAAUCCAAUUCACUGAUGCCGAAACAGCAGCAUCAGCCAGAAAUGCCUUGGAUGGAAGAAGCAUCCCAAGAUAUUUACUCCCUGAACAUAUUACCUCAUGCCAUUUGCGAAUUUCAUAUUCUGCUCACACUGAUUUAAACAUAAAGUUUCAGUCUCAUCGCAGCAGGGAUUACACAAAUCCUUAUCUGCCCGUGAAUCCUUCUGCGAUUGAGGGUACUUUACAGCCUACACUUGGCCCUGAUGGAAAGAAAAAAGAGCCUGAGAGUAAUGUGCUCCUCGCUUCCAUAGAAAAUCUGCAAUAUGCUGUAACAGUAGAUGUCAUUCACACUGUAUUUUCAGCAUUUGGAACCGUCCAGAAAAUUGCUAUGUUUGAGAAGAAUGGUGGAAUGCAAGCCUUGGUUCAAUAUACUGAUGUGACUACUGCUGCAGUUGCUAAAGAAGCUCUAGAGGGACACUGCAUAUAUGAUGGUGGCUACUGUAAGCUUCAUCUGUCAUACUCUCGUCAUACUGAUCUCAAUGUAAAGGCACAUGGUGAUAAGAGCAGGGACUACACAAUGCCUGAUACUGGUCUGCUCUCGGUGCCUCAGGCUCCAGGCAUGCCAACUGCUGCUCCAGCUUGGCAGGCCAUUCCACAACAACAGCCCAUGGGAACUUGGGACCCGAACAUGCCAGGUGUCAGGCCUGGGUUCCCUCCAGCGCCGGGGGCAUACCCGGGCCAAGCUUAUAUGCAACCAUCAUCAUCCAUGCCUAUGUACGCAACUUCUGGAGCUCCUCCUGCUACUUCAGCUGAUUAUCUUCAAGCAUCUUCACAGCAGAUGUCUCCUUAUUCCCCGAUUCCACCAUGUGCUCGCCCUUCUGGUGGUUCCCCACCGAUCAAAGGGCAACCACCGAUGUAUUAUUAGUAGUAAGAUGAAUAUUUCUCACUACUUGUUUUGAUAUUCAAGUUAAUACCUCUUUGAAUCAACUAUCAACCAACCCAUUUGUUUUGAAAGAUGCUAAUGGUGGAUUUAUUAUUUAUUAUUAUUAAGGGUGAUGUGAGAUAAUUUUUUUUUUUA